UUUUUUACAUGACAUUGGCUGAACGCACAAACCAUGCAUGCCAUAAAAAAAGAAAAAGAAGAAUAAUAAUUAUUGUCAACCAACAAAAUGAACACUUUAAAAUUAUUUUCCUGUCUCCAUUUUAGUGUCAAUAAUAGACUUCACACAAGUGCAUCAGUGCUAGCAUGGUCAAAAAUUAACCAGCCAAAAAACUUUUUAGCCUACAAUAAGAAAGUGUUCCCUCCUCAAAGUGAUGGGGAUGAACGCCGACCUGCUUAUGUUUGCCAUCAAAAAACUAAUAUCAAAUACAGUCCAAAGAAAAUGUGGUAUAUAGCAUCUUUUGUGAGAGGAAUGACAGUAGAUGAAGCAGUAAAACAACUAAGUUUCAUAAACAAAAAAGGUGCAGCAUAUGUUAAGGACACAAUCCUUGAAGCUCAAGAUCUUGCAGUGCAGCAACACAAUGUAGAGUUCAGAAGCAAUAUGUGGAUUGCUGAAUCAUUUUGUGGCAAUGGUGCAGUUAUCAAAGGCAUAAGAAGACAUGCUCGAGGAAGAAUGGGUGAAGUGCGAUAUCAAUAUUGCCACUACUUUGUACGCUUAGAAGAAGGAAAACCUCCAGAAGAUUUUUACAAACUACAGCCAUUGACACCGCCGCAACAGCUUGAUAAAUGGCUGGAGCAAAUGAGGAGACGCAAAAUAACUAAUUCAUACUGAUGUUUUAAGUGUAGUAGUAUUAGUUACGAGAUAUGACAUUCUAUUAAAUAAAUUUCACAACACAUUAGGUAUACAGUAAUUGUUUUGAUUUUUUUCUAUUUUUAAUUGGUUACCUUCUAUACAAACCGAUCUUAGUACAUAUUGAUGAUAUAACAUAUUUUUUUAACUUUUGUUACACAUUCACAUAAUCUAACAUAGUUCUUCCACGGUCCACACUUGUAUAACAAGUCCUAUUAUCUUAACUAUGAUAAAUAACAUUUUUGUUAUGUAGUCUGGACCCUCAUUAACAUUCAAGUACCAAUGUGUAUUUUUUGUAACCUUAGUACUGAAGUGAGGCCUAAGAGGCCGCAUAUAUAUAUCGAGUAUUUUGAAGAAUGUAAUGCUUUAAAUAUUUGUCCUUGGCAUGAAAGACAACUCGUUCGUGUCUUGCUUGACUUUCUCAGUUUCAUCUUCAAAUGUUUCUGGCUUAUCAGAACCAAGUAUUCUUGGCAGUACUCAAUCACUUUCUCACUAUUUGGAUUAUUUUUACAUAUCCGAGAGAAGCUGAAUGGCGCAAGUAGUUUGCGCGUUUGGCUGCAAUCGUUGAAGUUAAGCAACUUUUGCAGUGGUUGAUCAUCAGAUGGGUGACCAAAAAUUUUCUAUCUCGAGCUCCUCCGUGCUUCGGAAGAUACGUUAAGCCCGACUAAGAUUGUCUGGAAGAGAUCGCUCUUAGCGAUAGGACCGCUUAUUAUUACACAGAAUUGUUUAAUUAUGUAUACUUCAUUAAAUAAAAUACGCUAAAAACUUGAGAAACUAAAAUUGUACUGUACUGUUAAGCCUUUGGUCCCUGUUGCAUCUGCUGACGUUUAGCACCCAACAAUCUGCACUGGGCCCGCGGGGUGGGUUAUGGCCCAAUCUCCCUAUUCCAUCCAUAGGGAAGUCCUGUGCACCAGCAAUUGUCCUUAAUGGGCUGUUGACGAUGUUACACAUCCAAGAUCUUUUUGAAUGCUGUGAAUCUUUCGCAACUAUUUCAUUCGCUGUCGGAAGUCCCUGGUAUUUCCAUAGUUCAUAAUAUCGGUGAAAAUACACAGUUUACUAUAGCGAGAAAUAAAAAAAUACGUAAGUUCCGACGUGAGGCCUGAGACGGCCCGUCAGAAUUACAAAGCGUAAUUAGAAUUACUCACCAAAUACGUUCGCGACGAUUGCAUUGCCUGUUCCGACGUCAAUGUCGGCUCUGACCUUCUAGCUACUAAAAAACGGGGAUCGGUAUUGUGCGGGGAAAGGGAUAAACUAACAAGUAGCUGCCGGGGCUUCUUAGACCGCACAUCGGUACUUAAAGUUUAAGAAUCCCUGCAACACGCAACUUUAUAUCCAUCGGUACCUAUCUACACUCGCGAGCAACCAAAUCGACUCAAGCGCUACCUCUGCAUUCAAACAUUGUUAUAAGUAUUUUAAUAAUAAUAAAUUUAUAUAUUUCUUCUUACAACUAUUAAGGCACAUAAAAUACAGGUUAAGCAACACUUAAAUAAUAUUAUUAGGCGUUGUAAGAAGCUGGGGGCCAAUCGCCUAACUGGAUUGCUUUGAAAAACGCUAUCGCUUACGAUUUCAUUUUGUUAUUUCUAGCCCCCUGAGGUUUUCAAAUGCCUCGCGCUCUUUUUUUUCUUUUGCAUUGGUAAUAACAA